AUGGCAGAAACGAGAUCAGGAAAAAAAGAAAUAUUUGAAAGUACAAAACCUCAUUUAAAUAUUGCUACUUUAGGGCAUGUAGAUCACGGUAAGACUACUUUGACUUCAGCUAUUACCCAUGUUUUAGCAAGAGAAAAUAAAGCUAAAUCUCGGAAAUACGAAGAAAUUGAUGCGGCUCCGGAAGAAAAAGCUCGCGGUAUUACUAUCAAAACUGCUCAUGUUGAAUUUGAAACGGACCGGCGGCACUAUGCGUUAGUUGACUGUCCAGGGCAUGCUGAUUACAUUAAAAACAUGAUUACAGGUGCUGCUCAAGCUAAUGGAGGAAUUUUGGUAGUUGAUGCUAGCCAAGGAGGGCAAGCGCAAACUAAAGAGCACCUGCUUCUUGCCAAACAAGUUGGAGUAGACAAAUUAGUUAUUUUUGCUAACAAAGUCGACUUGGUGACUGAUAAUGAAAUGUUGGAAAUAAUUAAAGAAGAUAUUAAAGAAUUAUUAAAGAAAUACAAAUUUGAUGAAAAUUCACCAAUUAUUUUUGGCUCUGCUAGAAAGGCUUUAGAAGAAAAUCCAGGGCCGGGCGAACCGAUGGGUCAUUAUCAAAAAGUAGAAAUUUUAGGGCUAGGAAAAGAAAAGAUUAGAACUAAAGUUAUAGGUGCCGAAAUGUUUGGGAAAAUCUUAAAGGUAGUUAAGCCAAACUACGAUGCUGCUCUUCUUUUACAAGGAGUUAAGCGAGAACAAGUGGCGAGAGGAAUGGCAGUAGUUAAGCCAGGCACUAUUAACAUUCACAGCAAAUUUGAAGCUCAAGUUUAUGUUUUGACUAAGGCUGAAGGAGGUCGACAUACUACUUUUGAAGACAAGUAUAGCCCUCAAUUUUAUUUCCAUACAGUUGAUAUAACAGGAAUUGUCGAAUUGCCAAAAGAAGUCACAGGAGAAAAGAAAGUAGUUAAUCCGGGUGAUAAUAUUAGUUUGAAAGUUAAACUUAUUCAGCCAGUAGCACUUGAAGUUAAUAAUACUUUUUCUAUUCGUGAAGGGGGCAAAACUGUCGGCAAAGGAAUCAUUACUAAAAUUAUUGAAUAA